GAAAAUUAAGUAAGCAAAAGUAAAGGAAAAUGCGUGUAGGCAAAAGCUGCAGAAGAAAAAGUAAAGAAUUUGCUUUUGGAGGAAGAAAAUUGUCUCGAGUGUUGUUAUCACUUUCAAACUUUUUUGAAAAACAACAUCGAAAGAAUCUAAAGAAGAAGAAGAACCACAAUUUUCAAUUUUCCAUUUCCACAUUCAGUUUCGAUCGACGGCGAUGUCUCAGGCUAUAAGGCAGAGGCGCUCUCAGCCGUCGGAUCCACCGGCGCCAUCAUCUUCUUACUCGAAGCUCGACAAAGCGGCGAAAUCGGACGGCAAAGAUGAAGGGUUAAAGUGGGCAUUGCCGUUUGUUGCUUUGGGAUUGUUGAGGUAUAUGAGUGCUACUUCUAAUAUCAUCCAUGAUUGUGAUGAGGUUUUCAAUUACUGGGAACCCCUUCAUUACCUUCUCUACAAAACUGGUUUCCAAACUUGGGAAUACAGUUCACAAUUUGCUCUUCGGUCGUAUUUGUACCUUUUAUUUCAUGAAGUAGUGGCUCGGCCAGCUUUGUGGUUGUUUGGUGAUGAAAAAGUUAGAGUGUUCUAUGCUGUGAGAUUUUUUCUUGGUUUUCUCUCAGUUGCCACAGAGACCGUUUUUGUGGUAGCUCUUUCUAGGAAGUAUGGAAAACGACUUGCUUCUUAUACACUUGCUAUGCUGUGCUUAACCAGCGGCUGUUUCUUUGCUAGCACGAGUUUCUUGCCAAGUUCAUUUUCCAUGUAUGCAAUCUCUCUUGCUUCGGGUUUAUUUCUUCUUGAUAUGCAUGCUGCAGCAGUUGCUGUUUCUGCUAUUGGUGUGAUACUUGGCUGGCCAUUCUCAAUCUUGGCUUUCCUUCCGGUGACACUUUAUUCUUUAUAUAUAAAAUUCAAACGGGCAUUUAUUGCUGGGGCUGUCACAUCAGUAAUUCUUCUUGCAUUGUCAGCAGUUACCGACUAUAACUACUAUGGAAAAUGGACAUCAUCUGUUUUGAAUCUUCUAAUAUACAAUGUUGCUGGAGGCGGGGAAAGCCAUCUUUAUGGGACUGAAGGACCUCUUUUUUAUCUGAAGAAUGGAUUUAACAAUUUCAACUUUUGUUUUGUUCUUGCUAUGCUGUUCUUGGGAUUUUGGCCUAUUGUUAAGAAGAAAUAUGGGAGAGACCUACUGAUUGUGAUAUCUCCUUUAUACAUUUGGCUGGCUUUUAUGUCUCUGCAGCCACAUAAAGAAGAAAGGUUCCUUUAUCCAAUAUAUCCACUUAUUUGUGUUGCUGCUUCUGCUGUCAUUGAGAGCUUUCCCGAUCUUUUCCGUGACAAGUAUGAUUCAUUUGACACUUCUAUAAUAGUGAAGGUAGCCAAAUUUCUGAGGCCGGUGGUUCUGAGCAUUAUAUUAUAUUCCUCUCAUGCUCGAACAUUUUCUCUGAUUCAUGGUUACUCAGCUCCUAUAGAGAUUUACAAGAUCUUAGAGCACCACGACGAUGUUGCAAAUGGCUCUGUACUUUGUGUUGGAAGUGAAUGGCAUCGCUACCCAUCAUCAUUUUUAGUCCCAGAUUUUGUGGGACAAGUUCGAUGGAUCGAUGAUGGUUUCGGAGGUCUUCUCCCCUUUCAAUUUAAUUCUACCCUAGGCGGGACUGCUGCAGCACCACCAUACUUUAACAACAAGAACAUGGCAUCAGAAGAGCAAUUUCUCCAUGAUAUCGACGAGUGCACUUUCCUUGUUGAGCUGCAGCUAAAGCGACCUUACCUGACUCGCGGUAGCGACAUGUCAACAUGGGAGACUGUUGCUGCAUUACCUUAUUUGGAUAGGGAGCUUUCGCCAGCUUUGUAUAGGUCAUUUUUCAUCCCUUACCUCUGGCAAGAAAAGAAUGUUUUCGGCAUGUAUAAACUACUCAGAAGAGUAACCAAAUGAUUCUUUUCGACCGGAAAGAAUGUUUGAAUAGUCCUUGAUUAUGGUGGUGGGAUUUACAUGAAAAAUACAGUUUUGUUAGACAGUGAUCUUGUAGGAUUUUUCCCAUGCUGUUGAUGUUGAGUAUUUUGAUUUAGUUCUAAUCUUCACUUAAAUGUCUACAAUGUUGUAUGCUGGCAUAUGCUCCUACUGAAACAUCUAUUUUACUAAACUUGUACAGAUGAAGUCUAAUGUUACUCCAAUUAGUACCAUCCAAAGUAAAAUUUGAUUAAACGUC